AUGGCGCCUCUAGUCGGACCACGGGUCCAUGAUAGCGAUAUCAUCCGCAAUGCUCCACCGAAUUAUGAGAAUGUUGACUUGUCAUUUUCAUAUAUAAGCAAAGAUUGCACAGGAUUAAGACAUAUAGGAGCCUACGCGCUUUUCCAUCAAAAUUUAUUGGGAGCAAAUCAUAUAUGCAGACAUCAAUUAUUUAGUCCCGCUAUUGAUAAACUUAUAGCAAGCAACAAGACAUUCGACGCAAUCAUUAUAGAACAAUUAUGGUAUCAAUGUUAUUAUGCCCUUGUAAAGCACUACAACUUCCCCGUGCUGAUUGGAUUUUUGAGCGUAGGCAACUUGCCCUACGUAAUGGAUUCCAUAGGAAAUCCAGACGAUCCUAACUUUAAUCCAGACAUGACGUAUCCAUUCACGAAUAGAAUGACAAUCAAUGAGCGGAUAAUGAAUAUCCUUUAUACAACUUAUACAAGAUUAUAUUAUCGAUACUGGCAUCUACCAAAAGCUCAACACAUGGCUAACAAACGGAUUCCUGGUACAUCUGUUUACGACAUCGAUAAAAAUUUCAGUUUAGUGAUUCUGGGCAACAAUCACGUGUUUGGUUAUCCGAAGCCAUUACUACCACAUAUGAUCGAAGUUCACAGUUUGCAUAUUUUGGAAAAUCCUGGUUCUUUGCCUAAAGAUAUUCACGAAUUUCUAGACAAUGCUCAAGAUGGUGCUAUUUAUUUCUCUCUGGGCUCAAAUCUACAAACUGACCAACUACCUGCUGAAUCUUUGACCGCAUUGUGCAAUGCCCUAGGUUCGCUUAAGCAAAGAGUUCUAUGGAAACAUAAUAGUAACAUGGCUAUUCAUGCAACCAACAUCAAAUUUGUAAAGUGGGUGCCACAACAAGCAGUACUAGCACAUCCCAAGGUGAUAGCGUACAUGAUGCAGGGCGGAUUGCAGUCGUUACAAGAGGCAGUGCACUAUGCCGUGCCUGUAGUCGCAAUUCCUUUUUUUGGAGAUCAGUAUUUCAACGCACGUAAAAUCCUAGAUGCCGGUAUCGGACUAACACUGAACAUCGACACCAUAACCGAAAAUUCCAUCGUACAAACGCUCACGGAAAUCGUCAAAAAUAAAACGUAUUUGAACAAUAUCAAAACAAUGUCAGCAAUAGUACAGGACGAAUUAGUGAAACCUAUUGACAGAGCGGCGUGGCAUGUGGAACACGUAUUGAAAUUUCCAAACUCGAGACAUUUACGAUAUCAUGGACAUGAUAUGUCAUGGAUACAUUAUUACGCUACAUAUCUAUGCUUAGGUAUAGGUUUCGUUUUGUUAUUAUAUGUCUAUUAUAUAUUGUAUAACAAAAUUAUUAGUCCUUUUAUAAAAAUGACAUGCCUAAGUAACUUAAAACAAUGGAUAAAUAAUUUGAAACGAAAACUCGAUUAA